UCUUUCGCGUCGCGUUACGGCCCACUUCUCUGCAGCCGACCAAUCCUCUUGAUCUUCUUGUGCUCAUUACCCAAUCAGAGAGGUCGAGGCGGGGUUCCAGUCGACCGCUGUAAUCCGCCGAGCAGCCUGCGUUUUCUCCGGUACAGGUUGAGGGCUCGCUACUAAGGUAUUUGGUUGUUAUAAAUAAAAUGGUGAUGAACAUGUGUACAGGUGUUUGUAUGGACAUAAGUUGUCAUUUCUCUUGAGUGGAUACCUAAAAGUGGGCUUGCUGGAGUUUUACUACCCUUGGAUGCUGCUGUUGAUAUGGAAAAGAUUGAGGAACAAUUUGCUAAUCUGCACAUUGUUAAAUGUUCCUCAGGAACCAAAGAGUCCACUUACCUUCUUGGUAUAGACACAUCAAAGACUGUCCAAGCAGGAAAGGAAAACUUGGUUGCUGUUUUAUGUUCUAAUGGAUCAAUCAGAAUAUAUGAUAAAGAAAGGUUAAAUGUACUACGAGAAUUUAGUGGAUGUCCUGGACUUCUUAAUGGAGUCAGAUUUGCAAAUUCCUGUGACAGUGUAUAUUCAGCAUGUACUGAUGGCACUGUAAAAUGUUGGGAUGCUCGAGUAGCCAGAGAAAAACCUGUUCAGCUCUUCAAGGGUUACCCUUCCAAUAUUUUUAUCAGUUUUGAUAUUAAUUGUAGUGAUCACAUUAUUUGUGCUGGUACAGAAAAAGUUGAUGAUGAUGCAUUGUUGGUGUUUUGGGAUGCAAGGAUGAAUUCUCAGGAUUUAUCUACAACUAAAACUAAAGACCCACUUGGUGCAUAUUCAGAGACACAUAGUGAUGAUGUCACUCAAGUACGUUUCCAUCCCAGCAAUCCCAACAUGGUAGUCUCAGGUUCAUCUGAUGGCCUGGUAAAUGUAUUUGAUAUUAAUAUUGAUAAUGAGGAGGAUGCACUGGUUACAACCUGUAACUCAAUUUCAUCAGUAAGCUGUAUUGGUUGGUCUGGGAAAGGUUAUAAGCAGAUUUACUGCAUGACACAUGAUGAAGGAUUUUACUGGUGGGAUCUUAAUCAUCUGGAUACUGAUGAACCAGUUACACGUUUGAACAUCCAGGAUGUCAGAGAAGCAGUUAACAUGAAAGAAGAUGCUUUGGACUAUUUGAUUGGUGGCCUAUAUCAUGAAAAGACAGACACAUUGCAUGUUAUUGGAGGAACAAACAAAGGAAGGAUUCAUUUGAUGAACUGCAGCAUGUCAGGACUGACCCACGUGACUAGCCUUCAGGGAGGGCAUGCUGCUACAGUCCGUUCUUUCUGUUGGAAUGUGCAAGAUGAUUCUUUGUUGACUGGAGGAGAAGAUGCACAGUUGUUACUUUGGAAACCUGGAGCUAUAGAGAAGACCUUUACAAAGAAAGAGAGCAUGAAAAUAGCGUCCUCUGUGCACCAACGAGUACGAGUUCAUAGUAAUGAUUCUUAUAAAAGAAGGAAAAAGCAGUGAUAAUGCAUUUGGCACUUUGGUAGACAUUUGGGCUCCUUCUACCUCUUGCCAAUUGGGAGUAACACUGCAGUGAACAUGGGUGUACAAAUAUCUCGUCAAGAUCCUGCUUUCAGUUCUUUUGGAUAUAUACUCAGAAGUGGAAUUGCUGGAUCAUAUGGUAAUUCUAUUUUUAGUUUUUUGAAGAAUCAUGUUAACUUUUAAACAAAUAGCCCCAUUCUCAGGGACUAUAGUGCAAUAUGUGAAGAGGUGGCAUAUUGCCUUCCCUCUAAUUAAAUUGAAAAUAGCAAUCAUGCUCAUAUAUAACCAUUAAAAUAUGUUUAAACUUCUUACUUAAGAUGCAUCAGUUACACUGUUGGCAACUGUAGAUGCUUUCAUUUCCUCCCAGUCUCAGUCAACAAGCUGUUCUUUACUUUUAACAAUGCCCUCCCCCAAUAUCAGGGUCACUAGAGCAGAAGAUUCCUGAUGGAAGGACCUGUGUUGUUCAGUACUGUGCCCCAAGUAACUAGCACAGUAGCUGGCAUGGAAUAAGCACUCAAAAAGAAUGGAUACAUGAACCAGUGAGUGCAUGAAUAAGAUCAUGUUGCUAGGAAUAGUGUAAAAAAUUGAACUUAGCCCCAGGAGUGAGAGAAAAGUACCUCUUGUUCCAGCAAGCAGGAAGUGGAACACAGAUGGCAAAGAGACAUUUGAUGACAUGAAUUUUGCCGGAAUGAUGAUACCAACCCUAGGAUGAAUUCAGAGUAAAGCCCUGAUGAUCACACAGGAUCACACCAGCCAUGAAGAUUUGAGGAGUUGGGAAACCCAUGGAAUGCUAAUGAUAAAGUCCUUUCAGAUUAAUGGGAUUGCGCCCUAGGAAGAAAAACCCAAGGGAGUGCUAAUAGUGCAGGACCUGCUUCCCCUUCUC